GCAGAUGUCAGCUAGCUUGCGGUGGCUGCAAGUUUGGAGUUAUUGUACAACUUAUUUCAAUGAAACGUAUUGAACGUUUGAUUUAAAUAAUAAUACUAAUAAAAACAAACGAAGUAGUCUGCACUUAGCAUUCAAAGGUGUUCAUUGGGUUGUUCCUAUAAAGAUUAGUAUACUUCUUCAGCUGCCACGACACUAAAAUUGCAAUUGUAUUUGUUACUUAAUCUCUGAAUUACUGUAAGAGCGCAAUAUGGGAAUCCUCGAGAAGAUAUCAGAAAUCGAGAAAGAAAUCUCCCGGACACAGAAAAAUAAAGCCACUGAAUACCAUCUGGGUUUGCUGAAGGCAAAGCUAGCCAAGUACAGAGCGCAGCUGCUGGAGCCUUCAAAAUCAGCUGGGGCUAAAGGGGAGGGCUUCGAUGUGAUGAAAUCUGGAGAUGCCAGAGUGGCACUGAUUGGUUUCCCCUCUGUGGGUAAGUCCACAUUCUUGAGUUUAAUGACGUCCACUGCCAGCGAAGCUGCUUCGUACGAAUUCACCACGUUGACCUGUAUUCCUGGUGUAAUCGAGUACAAAGGUGCCAACAUUCAGCUGUUGGAUUUGCCUGGUAUCAUAGAAGGAGCUUCCCAAGGAAAGGGUCGAGGUAGACAGGUCAUCGCUGUGGCCAGAACGGCAGAUGUUGUCAUUAUGAUGUUGGAUGCCACGAAGGGAGAAGUCCAGAGGGUUCUGUUGGAGAAAGAGUUGGAAUCUGUUGGGAUUAGACUCAACGUGUCCAAGCCCAACAUCUACUUCAAGCCCAAGAAGGGUGGAGGACUGUCCUAUAACUCAACUGUUCCUCUCACGCAGUGCUCCGAGAAGUUAGUUCAGCUCAUUCUGCACGAGUACAAAAUCUUCAAUGCCGAGGUUUUGUUUAGGGAAGACAGCACUCCAGAUGAGUUCAUUGAUGUAAUCGUUGGAAACAGGGUUUACUUGAACUGCGUUUACGUUUAUAAUAAAAUAGAUCAGAUCUCCAUGGAGGAAGUUGAUCGUCUGGCCAGGAGACCACACAGCGUAGUUAUCAGUUGUGGGAUGAAAUUGAACCUGGAUUACUUGCUUGAGAGACUCUGGGAAUACCUGGCUCUCAUCUGUAUCUACACAAAGAAGAGGGGAGAGAGGCCAGACUUUUCUGAUGGUAUAAUCAUGAGAAGAGGCGCUUCUGUAGAACAUGUGUGCCAUCGAGUUCACAGAACUUUAGUGAGCCAGUUUAAAUAUGCUCUUGUGUGGGGAACAAGUACUAAGUACAGUCCUCAGAGAGUGGGGUUGACACACAUUAUGGAGCACGAAGAUGUCAUCCAGAUUGUGAAGAAAUAACCAUCUUCAGAAGCCUGAUCCAGUCCUAUAGGGGAUAGAAAAGAGACCAUUGACAAGACCAGUAUCCAGGAAGAUUGAGUAACACAAAAAAGAGUUCUACCAAACCAGAAACACACUUUCUCCUAAACCAUAGGUAGCAGUUGCAUAUUUUGUGUCCUAAGCAAAGAAAAGAGCAACUCAAAGACAAUUCUGUCCUCGACAGCAGUGGGUUUUUCGAAGAUGCCACGCCGUGUUCUAGCAUUGUAUUAAUACCUGUGCCUCAGUUUCAUUGUCAGCAGUUUACCUUAACCCUGCCACAAUCUGGAUGUGUUGCUAGCUUUGUUCAUUUUAACUUGAUUUAUUUUUUUUAUUUCUAAACCAGUCAGAUGUACAAACACACACACACACACACAGGCUGACAAUGUCUCUUGUUUGAUUUUGAGUAAAGAUAAUAAAAUAUGUUUGUAAUCUGCAU